CAGUUGUUCCUCACCCAGUGCAACAACUAGAAGUAUGAAGGUAUUCGUGUGCCUGUUUGCGCUCGUCGCAUCCACCUAUGCUGGAUUCCUCGGUGGAUUCGGAGGAGGUGGCGGUGGUGGAAGUCAUGGGGGUGGAUGGUCAGGCGGCGGUAGCGGCGGCCAUGGGGGCUGGUCUGGCGGUGGUGGUGGCGGCGGCUGGUCUGGUGGCGGUGGAGGUGGCUGGAAGUCCAUCGGUAGCUUCGGCGGUGGCCACGGAGGCGGUGGAUGGUCCGGAUCUGGUGGACACGGCGGUGGUGGCUGGUCAUCCGGAGGAGGUGGUUACGGUGGUGGACACGGAGGUGGUGGAUAUGGCGGUGGUCAUGGAGGCGGAAGCCAAGGAAAAGUGAUCAAAGUCAUUAAGAUCAUUUCCUCCGGAGGACAUGGAGGCGGUCAUGGUGGUGGGCAUGGCGGUGGCUACGGAGGUGGUCACGGUGGUGGCCAUGGAGGAUGGUCCAGCGGUGGUGGUGGCGGUGGAUGGUCCUCCGGUGGAGGCGGUGGAUGGUCAUCCGGCGGCGGUGGUGGCGGUGGAUGGUGGUAAAUGCCCCCAAACAUCAAGCACUCCCCCCUGUGAUCGUGCCCUCAAUCCGCAUAUUUCAAAAGCACCCCACUGCCAAAUUCUCAUGAGACAUACAGUUACCACCCCCUCAGAAAAUGCUCUGCAGAAAAUCUAUAUUUAUUGAACAAAAAUACAAUUUUUUUGUAUUUUUGUGUGUAAUUUUGUACAUAAAACUGAGUGCGUCUGUGAGCUUUACAUUUUUGUAUGAAAAGAGAUUUUACUAUUAAAGACAAUCUAAACCAAAA